AAUGAAAGCUUUCCUUUUAGUAUGCCUCAUUGCCACAUCAAUAAUGGCUAAUGAAAUUGACACUCCUUAAGAAUAAGAAUUAAAUGCAUAACCAGAUUCUCCUAGUUUCCUUCAGCUUUAGGCUUGUGCUGUUUGUUGUAAUGGAGUAUGCUGUGCUACCUCUGGUAAUUGUGUCAAAGGAAAAUGUAAUAAUAUCAUAUCUCCGUAUUGUACUCAAGGAUGAUU